UCCUGGGGAAGAGGACGCGCGAUUAACAUGGCUUGAAAACAUUUCCGGCCGGCAACUUUGCCAAUUUCAGCACUAUCAUUCUCGAGAAGUUUUCAGAAGCUAAGCCGACCGAUUCUAUUUCUUAUAAAUUUCUUUACUUUAGCGUUAGAAUUAACUUAUAAUCUUUUCAUCGAUUUCGUCUACCUUCAUUUUUUGGAACUAAUCUGUUUGACUCCUGAGAAGCUCAAUUUCUGAAUAUUGACAUAGCAAACUCAUUUUCACGAAUACCGCGACUAUUUUAUGUGAAAUUUUUUUAGAUUGGAAAAUUCGAUAAACGCAUUCAAAUUGGACAAGUACUUAAACACGUGUUCUUCGCACGUGCUCUUCGUACGCGUACACUCGUAUCUAAAAGGAAAUAGAUAUAUAUUUGAAAUUUAAAGCGAGAGCGAGAAAAGGAGUUAUAGCGCAAUCUAGUGCAGCAGCAAAGAACAAGUCUUUUCUCUGGACCGAGCAUUGAAACGCGAUUGGUUUUUAGUUUCUACCUGCGAACCCAUUCAACCUUACGCCAGCCCCUCCCUCCAAUCUUAAUUUCAGUGCAAUUCAAUGUAGGAGGAUGAGGAACAGGCCAAAAAUAAUCAACCACUCGGCGAGCAGGCUUGCUGCUUUGUUCAGCUCGAACGCAUUCGUCAAUAUAAGGUUUCUUCCAUUUUCGCUUACGAUCAGGGCUGAGCAAAGAGCCCCGAUUGUAAGCGAAUUUUCAAAUACAGCUGGGCUGGACAAAAAACCUAGGUUGAUUGCGAUUCUUCAAAUACAAAAUAUAGACAAUCUUAUUUGAAUUACAAAAUACAAAUUUUUAAUUGACAAUUUAAAAUACAAAAUGUAAUUUGAAAUGUUCAGCCUUGCUUACAAUACCAAAAGAAAAGAAAGAAGCGAAGAGAGCUAUUAGAAAUAAAAUUGAGAGUCGUGCAGGGUUGUAUCGUCUUUCAAAAUUACAUCUAUACGGAUUAUUCAUUGUAGAUUGUUUUUGUUAUGUUUAUAUAAAUCUUUUUCACGUAGGCAAUGCAAUCCAAUUUGUAAAUUAUUACAUAUUACGUAAACACGUAAAUGAAUAACAUAAUUUACAACAUCGUUUACAACAUCGUUUACAUUGUAUACACGUAAUGAUUUAUUUACAUUUUACGCGUAAAUCAAUCUUGCGCUCGAUAUACUCGAUGGCGCGUCUCAUUUGAAUUCCCUAUUAAGAUGCAAUCCCAUUAAAGAGAGCGUACCCACCGAGAACUAAUUCGCGUCUCGAUUCAUUGAAACGAUUGACAUUUCUCAGAGCAACAGAACGAUGACGAACCAUGGUCAAAGCCCGUAUACACAACAAAUUAAUCGUAGUCCCAUCCAUCAUAUUCUCGCUACAACACAGUCCCAUCCCGAGGCGGCGCUUCUAAUUAUUAAGUAGUGUGAGCGGCAAUCAGUGACGCCGAUCGCUUAAUUGGUCCGAAAGAUAAAGCCGCUCCCACCGAUCAUAAAUAUCCGUAGUAUAAUAUUGAACAAAUUGCCAGAAUCUGUCUUCGCUGAAGUGAUUCUUGUAGGAAAAUCGUGUCCGCGAUGGCGAUACACGGCGGUAAUAAUUGUUAAAAUCAACAUCAAUUUCAUGUCAUAAUAUUUCAGAGGUGUGGAUGACGUAAAGAAGACAAUUCCUUCAUAUCAAUUCAAACGCGUUUUGCGAUUUGUAAUUUCUCGUUCGUGACCAUUUUCCUCUCUUUUCUCUCUCUCUCUCGGAAACGCGUUAAUCUUUGUGUACCUAGAAUUGUCACUAUCUCUAAUCGACAGAAAUGACGAGUCGAGGGAUUCCGCGUUUCUAUCGAUACGACACGACGUAUAUCUCUCUCUUUCUCUCUCUCUCUCUCUCUUUGCUUCUCGCAAUCCGCGAUUAAUGAAUGUCACGGCGCGCGAUUAGAAAAUUAAAUUAAACUACGCCCACACGAAUUUUAUCGCCGCUCUCUGUUUGCACGAAGAUUUUUUGCGCACCAGAGUGACAGGUGUGUUCUUCCUCCUCUCACAGAGAAAUACAUAUAUAUAAAAUGAAGCAUUUGUUCCGAUUCAGUGAUUCGUGCAUCCCAUCUUCCAAGGCAUUCUCUUGAAAAACAUCAUCUUCCCUGCUCGAGCCGGCUCUACAAUUAUACUCAGAGAAAUGAAUAUUCCGAUAAUCGCCCAGUUUUUUAUUCUCUACGUGUCUUACGUGCUGAGUAAACAACUGAGUAAACAACUGAAUUUCACUCAGCUAAUUAGAGAGAAUUUUGAUCCUGAGUUUAAUUAUCAAAACUAUCUACGUGACAUACCAGUGGCAAGAGAUGUCUCUUAUCUACCGGAGGAAUACUAUGAUGCAGGAAAUGUGGCAAGGGAACUACGGCAACUGGACAGAGAUAACAGAAAUUUGAUGCCUGAAUAUCGCCAUCUUUGCGAAACAAUAACGAAAAGAGUGGACCUCCAGAUUAUCGAUCCCGAGUACGAGUAUCAACCUCCGCAUUAUCACGAGGUCUACUGUAAGAGCUAUUCAAUGUUGGACGAAGAUGUACAAAUAUCGAAACCAUUACAAAAAUGCGUUUAUCCAGUAUUCCACUGCGUGCAGAGAAGUCGGACCUUAUCUUUUGUCAGACGACAAUGGGACAAUGAAUGUUGGGAACCAUAUACAAAGGAAAUCGCCAGCGGUUGUGACUGUAUGUGGCCAGUCACUCACCUUGGCGAAAUAAGGCAUCAUUUUUGAUUUAGUAAAACUGUUUGUUAGUAAAGUUAAAGUUUCAUCAUAGCGAAACUUUGAACGAUCACAAUAAAUAAAAUUCUUCAUAAAAAUAUUUAUUGCAUUAUAUAAACGCAAAUAAAACGUGUUGCCAGCG